GUCUGGGAGCCAAUCAUAUAUGUUUUUUAAAACACUAGAAGAAGCCGUUGACCAAUAGCAUUCCCGGAUCUGCUACACCACCCACACAGGGGUAGAAGAAUGGGCGGGACGCGAUGGGACGUAAUUACGCCAAGAAUCAGCAGAGGGCAGCACGAUAUUUACACACCCCUUUGAUUAUCCGUCAAAAAGAAAAACCACAGCAGUGUUUAUAUGGGCCCAACUUGACGUUGUUUGGAUCCAUGCGAAGGUGUCAUCUUCAAGACAUUCAUCAGAAAGUGCUAGAAAAUAUUAUCCCCACUUAUCUGGCUUUUAGUGCGAUGCAAGACAUGAAGAAAUACGGAGAGCUAUGGAGAGUAGAUUCUGUGUUUUGAACGACACCGAAGACUUCCAAACGCGAAUUUCAAACACUGAGAACAAUCUCCACUUCGAAAGGUCUAAGACACUGUUUGAGGAAAUCCGUGCCUCCAUCAACAACAAUGACGAAGAGGACCGCUCCUUCUGGAGGCCUGUGCUCCCGUGGGGUGGCGUCUUUACCAUUAAGGCAGGGCGGAAGGCCAUAUCAUGCACCCCCCUAUACGUCAAAAUCAACUUAAAAAACACCUGUACUAUUGAUGGCUUCCUCAUGAUCCUGUAUGUGAUCCUGCGGGACAACCAGGGGUUUCCCAGGGAGGUGGCCGUCUUCCUGGGCAAGCAGUUUGUGGAGUAUUUCCUCUACCUGAUGGACUCCUGUGAUUACACCACAGUGAAGAUGCUGUGGAUCUGGGACAGGAUGUCCAAAAGACAGUACCGCUCAGAGAUCCACCAGGCUGCCCUGGAGAUUGACCUGUUUGGUAAUGAGCAUGAGAACUUCACUGAGAACCUGGAGAACCUCAUGUCCACCAUGCAGGAGAGCCUGUGCACCAACUGGAGCUGUCCAGCCCGCUUCCAAGAAUUCAUCAAGAUCACAAUCAACAUCAGCCCUCCUCAUGAGCUGCCUCACAGAGACCCUAUUCAGUCGGCUGUGGACGAGUUCUUCUGCCCCAAGCUCCUACUCUGCUCAGAACUGGGGUGUGAUGGUCUGAGGGAGUUCUCUCAGAGGGUCUUCUGCCAUGGACCACCACCUUUUGUCAUUCUCAACAUGCAGCAGUGGAAGUCAGAGGAGCUGUCCUACGUUCCUUACCACCUGGCUCUCUGUCAGCAUCGGUAUUUACUAGAGGGCGCCACACUCUUCAACAAGGAGGAGCAUCACUACUCUGCAGCCUUCCAGAUAGACGGCUGCUGGAUGCACUAUGACGGGUUGAGGAGCGACAAUCUGAUCCUGUUACACAAGCCACCAGAGCUCCUGCUGCUGUCCUCUCUGGUCUACAUCCGCGCCUCCGACAAGUGAACUCAUCAAGUGGACAUACAGAUGAUGAGCAGGAGUCGCACGAAGCACAAGAUUGAAAGCAUUCAUCCGCCCUGCCUCUGAUUGUGUUGCCAUGACCCCAUGGAUAGCAUUACAUUACUGCAACUAUGUUCCUCUACUUAUCACAUUACUCAAAUUUUUUAUGAAUUCCUGUCAGCAUUUACUUCCUGUUUGCUGUGCGGGUGCUGAAUGACACAUGCUCCAUGUCACCCGAAUACUCGCAGAAAGCUUACUGUGCAAAAUGAAAAUGACUUAUUUUUAGGCAUGCUUGGAAUCCAAGAAUAUAAUGGACUAUAAUAGUUCUGGGUUGAUAUGCAUAAAUGAUCAUAUCUGUGAAUAAUGCACACAGUAUGCAUUACCUUCCACACAGAGGAGACUGAUAUGAUUUAAAAAUGGCAUGGUUGUUAGAUGGAUUACACUUUGAGGGUGCAUUUUCCGAUGACAUUGACUGUAUCCAUUUAACUUUACAUUUAUGCAUAUCAGCCCUUUCCUAAAAUUGAAUUGGUGCUUUUUUUCUAUGUACAUUGUUGUGUGAGGGUAGAGGGGGAGGAACCAAACAUGUCAGGUCAACUUGUUUUUUUCUUACCAUGUUCAAAUGAGUGAAUGUUAAAAUACAAAUUUCUUAAAUCAUAUAAAUGUUGAGGAUUUAAAUAUUACCUGUUUGGCUUCCAGGCCACUAAGCUGGCAACAUGUUCAUACUGAUGAAUUGAAUUCAAGCAUUUUAACACUAGCUCAGCACACACUGCAGUCUCCAACACAGAAAAUAAGUACAUUUUCAUGUUAUCUUACUUUGUAAUUUUCAAAGAUUUACUGGUAUCACACAGUGCCUCUGCCAAGGAAAGUUUGUAUAUGUGAAUCCUGUUGAGCAUAAAUCCUUAAUCAAAGUUAGUUUUUGAUGGCUGUUUUUAUAUGCAGACACAGUCUUUAAAAUGCAAAUACAAAUAUUUUUGGCAUACACGUGUAUUGAUUUAUUUUGUUGCAUGUAUGAAUAGCAUGGGUGGAUAUAACAAGAGCCACAUAAAAGCAGACUACCUUUUAAGGCAGGCAUUUAUUUUAAACUGGGUACAACUGCACCACACAAACAGACUAAAAUGUAUGUAAAAUGUCUUCAAUCAAAACAUGAUCAAAUGUGAAAAGCUACUGUUUCUACACCUAAGGUUAUCUUGUACUUCCAGUAUUAAUCCACAGGAUAUAAAAUUCAAGAUCAUCACCUUACUCCAGACACACGAUGGGAAAUGUAAAAGAAGCAGAGUGGUCAUUUGGCUAACAUUGACAUCAGUUUCAAAGGAUUUUUCUUUCAGACACAAACAUUAGAGUGGCAGGCCAUUGCAGACCAGGUGUUAGUCGUCCAUCUGCUCUCUUUGAACAAGCACUUUGGUGAGAGUGGUGGCAAAAGCAUGACAUUGGUUAGGCCAUAAUAAAAAUGCGUACAAACUCAAUGUUAACAUCCCUUCCUUUUGCAGAUUCACGUUUGCAGAUUUUCAUCAGCCUCUCGCCAAAACUCAGUAAAGAAAGAAGUAGUUAGUAUACACCUCAGAAAUCAUGACAUUAUAAAUGACAUUGAUACUAGAUGAAUCAUGGCGGCAGCACAUAAUUACGCCUGCGUGAUUUGUGCUGUGGCUAUGGUAAAGUGACUUAACAAAAUCUAUUACAAUAGACAGAAAACAGAAAUCAGGUUACAGAAACAAACAGUACAAAUUAUAAAUACAAAAAAAAACUCAUUCACAUCUUUCUAAAAUAAAAUUACAUUUGCAGGAAUACAGAUUGGGUUGCUUAUGUGUUACCCUUUCAGAACAAACCAGAAAUCCAAAGGAAAGUACUCUAUAUGGUGAUGCAAACAAUCGGCAACAAACUAAAAGUUUCACCAGUGACACCCUGACCCAGAUGCAAGGCAAAUGUCAUUAAAGUUCUCAUCUAACACAUCAGGUUUAGAGUACAAGAGCAAAGUGGAAGAGCACGUCCUGUCUAGUGUUUACAAGACUUCUAUGUGGUGAAAAGCGUCAGAAUUUGUUUUAAAAAGGUGUACAAAUCAAUUUGGCCACUAACAAAUAAAAUUGUGAGCCAUCUAAUAGAAUCUGCCUAGAUAAAUAUAUGCCUUGAAAAAAUGAACCCGCGUGCACAACAAAAAUGACAACACAAGAUGUCUGGUAGGAUGAGGCAAAGUCAGUGGUACCAUUUGAUGUUUCAUUAGACAUCCACAUUACCAGCCAACAGCGUGAAUCAAGAGACAUGCCAUGUGGGGUUCUGUUACAGCAAUAUGAAAUGCCUUGGCUUUUUAAAGACACAAACACAAAACAUAAUUCUUACACACAGGGAACAGAAGUCUUAUUGCAUUACCUAAAUGCCAUUAGCCUAAAUUAAAACAUAUGUACAAAUUACACAAUGUAUCAAAUAGUUUGGUAAGUGCAAUGCAGAGCUUGGUUAAAGUUUCCACGUCUGUGCAAACAACAGUGCACAAAGCAACUCAAACUAGACUUGAACAUGGACAGUGACUCAACAAGACACACCGCACCUAGCCUUCUCCUAGUUUAGUGCCCCCUCUAUUGCUGUGCAUUGCUUGACCUGUCUGUCAGUCGAGCCCAAGUCUGCACAGAGUGUCACCCUCAGCCAGCCUGGGGUCAAACACACCCAGGGGAGCACUCAGAGUCUGCUAGUCUGGUUUCUCUCCCAGGACACAGGACUGGUGACAGUUGACAACUUGGCCUGAGUUGGCUAGUACAGCCCUUGGUGCUUUAUCAUCCACCUCCAUAUGACAGUAUGGAAGAAUAUAAUGCUAAUACAUUAGCAAUAAGGACGAGAAGAAAGUGUUUCAAUUGUGGCACACGAGGGACAGAGUUUCUAGUGUUACGGGUGGGACGAAGGGGAAAAAAAAAAAAAGGUCCAUGUGUUGGCACUUUACAUGAAGCUGUGAACAAAUUACUUCAAACCUGAAUUUGCAAGCGAGACCUUGGCCACAUGAGGAUCACGUUUGGUGGCGGGUUGGCGAGCGCAAAGACCAGGUGUCAGACGCAAUCAUAGGCAGAAGAGUCUUGUUCGUAGUUAAGAGAGUGACAUUGUACUGGAAACAGGCACUGAGACAAUGGCAAAGCAUGCUCAUAUCCUGCACCAGGGACGUUGUGAAGUAAAAGAAACGUGAACCUUAUCUUAAAUACUAAAAAAAAAAAAAAAAUCAAA